CUGCCUGUGCAGCGGUUAAGCAUGGCGGCUGUGUUGUGGCGGCUCUCGUUAUGUGGUUGUUGCUUUCCGUAGUGUAGUUGAAUGAACUCGAAGGUGUUAGUGUUAUCUCUCCGAGUGCCUUCACAGCCAUCAUGUACCUCAGACGAAUGUUCUUCGUUUGGGUGAUUGUUGUGAUUUGUGCCAAAUAGAGAUGAACGAGUGCACUGCUUCAUCUCUGGAAGCGCGCAACUGUGGUGAAAUAUUUGUGGGUCUUGGUAGUGCACAGCGACGCCUUCGAGAUAAUGGCAGCGCAGUUUAGCCGAAGCAUACUUAAGGUAUCUGUUGCCCAAAUCUGUCAAAACGUUGGGUGGCAUGCGGUGCAUCAGUCGACGCUCGAGUUGCUUGUUGAUAUCCUACAUCGUUAUAUGGUCGAGGUUGCGAAGUCUGCUCAAGCCUACUCCAAUCAUUAUGGCAGCACAGAGCCGAACCUGGAUGACCUCUCAAUGGCAUUUGGGGACCUUGGGAUUCUGGUGAGCGAGCUCGAAGAGUACGUGAGCAACGUGGAGCCUGUACAGUUUGUGGAAAGUCGUCUGCCUCACUACCCUGUGUCUCGGAGUUCCACCAGCAACAGUGGAAACAAGCUUCACCAUUGGGUGCACGAAUUUCCUACUCAUUCCACUGACCUAGAAGAAGAAGAAGAAUUGGCUAUGUCACCUGGUGCUCCUGAUGGAGGUGGCCCUUCUCCUCGGAAAGAAGGAGCUGCUGGUGCCACCAAUAGUGCAGGAGAGGAAAUGAUUGGAUCUCCUGAUGCCAGCCCUCAACCAAGCAAGAGGGCCUCUGAUGGGGGUGAAACCCCGACACCCAAGCGCUUCCGGCUCUGUGUUGAAGAAGAAGGUCAGCCGAUGCGUGAAGUGACAAGCGUGUUCAUGACACCCUCCGGACUCAUUUCUCCAGCUAGAGAAGGGAAGCUACCAGAGGCUACGAUGCCCUCGAAGCUGAUAGCGGUUGACGAAGUGGCCUCUGAUUCUUUGGACUCCACUGACUUCCCAUGCAAGGAAAUUAAACUGAAAGAUGCCAAAAAAGCACUCAAAAAGGAGUCAAAAAAAGUAAAGCCUUCGAAAAAAGACAAGGAAAACUCUGACCUCAAGAAGGCACUUUUCUUACCAGUGGGGAAAGGUACACACUCUAUCUUCAAACUAAAAAAGAAACUGAACAAAAAGGCCAAAUUCCAGAAAGACCUUAUUGCCCCUAAACUUAAAAUCAAGGAAGCUAAAUCGAAAAGUAAAGGAAGCAAAGUGAAAGAAGAGAAGAAAGAAGGAAAGAGUAAGGAAGGAAAAAGUAAAGAAGGCAAAGUGAAGGUGAAGAGCAAGUCAAAGAAGAACAAAGGCGAUGCUGCACUACCUGGGACAAGCAGUGCUGUGACUCCUGGACAUUCUCCAAAAUUGUCCAAGGGAAAGUCGCCCAUGAAAGCAAAGAGCCCGGCAAGAUCAAAAAGCCCAAAGGGGGAGAAAAAAAAAACAGUUGCAGCGGCCCCUGUUGUCCCUCCACCUGCGGCACCUCCUUUGUCCCCACCUGUGCCGCCUUUUACAAUUUCCAAUAUGACCCCACUGCAAGUUAUGGCUUGUAAAGCUGAAGAAGAACGUAUUCGCCUGAAUGCUGCCACUGCUGCUACUCAGCAAGUUCCUCCACCACCGGAACCCAUUAUGAAAGACGAACCUUACGAGAUUCCAUCACGUGAGGAAUCACCCGAGCCUCGUCUGAUCAUUGACGAUUCACCAGAGAUGAUUAGCAGGCAAGAAAGGGAAAGUCGUCUUGCUGAUAUAGAACAGUGCAUAGAUGCGGUCAUUCAGAAGGCGAGAGAAGAGAUGAUAGAGGAUGAGAAGAGGGAGAGUGCUGCUGAAGCAUUGCUUGUCCAUGGUGCCAUGAUGCCACGGAAGUUGGAACCUCGGGAUGUGUAUGACUUCACCGAUUCAGACUCGGACUCGUCAAUGCCACCAACACCAAAAACCCCUGACCUUGCAGGCUCUCCAAACCCCAAGAAAGAAGCGAAAACACCCCCUGAGGUAGUUGUCAGUGAACAUAAAAAGAAGGAAGGAGGAAAGUCGAAAAAGAGGUCCGGCAGCAAAGCAAAAUCUGGCACGCCGUCACCCAAGAAGGGCUUGCCAAAGACUCCUGAGCUACGAGGCUCCCCGUUAGUUGCACUGUCGCAGCGUGCUGAAAGUCCCGAACGGGGUCCAAGCUUCUCAGGAGUGUUCCCCUUCUCUCAACACGGAGGUCUCUUCUCACCAAGGUUCCCGGGAAGUGGUGUGAUGGGCUCUCCUCUUGGACCUCAGCAGCAAGGUGGUUUCCUUCCAACAUUUCCUUUCUCCCACAUGGGAAGGUGUGGAACAGCAUUUCCGACACCUCCUCUGUUUGUACCUCCGACUUCGAGAGGUCCUUCCAACGACGUUACGUCUCCUGGCUCUUCUCCGCCGAUGAAUCUGUCAAGCAGUGCAUUCCCCACCGUUAAAACAGUUGCAGAGAAGAAGGGUGUUCCUUCUUUAUCUCCAGUUCCACCAAAGUUGAGCAAAGAGCCAGCAGUUGCCCCAAAAAGUCAUGGAGACACAGAAAAGAGCAAAGUAGUUGAACAGAAGGAAAAAAUAUCACCACCGAAGAAGAAGGCGAAAGAAGGUAAAAGCAAUAAGAAAAGCAAGACUAAAACUGGCAAAGAGAAGAAAAGCAAAGAGGAAAAGAAAGAUGACAGCAUACCCAAGAUCACAGUCAAACUAGCAUCGAAGCCGAGUGCUACCAAACUAUUGCUGAAAGCCAUGACUCAAGUUAAGGAACCAUCCCAGCCCCCUGAAGAAAGCCCCUCACGCAGAAGUCCAUCACCUCCAUUGCUUACUCCCUCUGUGCCCCCUCCAUCGGUACCUCCAGCCCCUCCUGUGAGUGUAGCUAAUUCGGGGAAAAGUGGAUCCAAAGGGGGAGCAAAGGCCCCCUCCAGCAGUAGCUCUGCUUCUACGUCCAAAGCAACAGUGCCCAAGCAGGGUCCUACCCCACAGCCAACAGAGCAGCCAGAGCCUCCCUCUUCACUUCCUGCGGCUAGGAUGGUCGUCACGGAAACUGUUGGCACGAUUGUGGAUGAACGCGGCAACAAGAUCUGGAUCUGCCCUGCUUGUGCGCGUCCAGAUGAUGGUAGCCCAAUGAUUGGCUGUGAUGAGUGUGACGAUUGGUACCACUGGGUGUGCGUCGGUAUAGUGGUGCCACCGAAGGAAGAGGAGAGUUGGUUUUGCAACCGCUGCAUUGCAAGGAGACAGGGAGCACUUGCCAAGAAGAAGAAAAAGAAGCACCGUAAAGACAAGUGAUGAGAAUUGCUCACUGCAGUAAUCAUUUUGAGCAGCUUCCCUGAGGGAAAGAGCUUUACCAAGAGACUAUGUCACUGCAAAGAGGUAACACACCUGGCCCCACAUGUGGCAUGCUCAGAAGCAUACUCAUGCAAAUUGCCCUCUUCUGAGGAAGGUGGACACUUCUCAUCGGCUUUGCUUGUCUUAAGUUUCAUGGUUUUCAGUUGUAAUGACACACCAUAUCAAAAUGUCUCCUCCCAUGCAGAAUUGUGUGCUAUCCCCAGUGUGCCUUGCACAUCUCACCUGUGCGUCCGUGCAAAGGGCCAUGAGUCUUUAAUAGACUCUUGUGUUUUCGGGUUUUAUGAUUUUUGAAAAUUGGGGGGGGGGCAAUAAAUGGGUUUCAUUUCAGCGGCUGUAAAGUGGGGUAAAGUCAGGCAAUAUCGGGUGGAAAAGUAAAAAAAAAAGGACAGCGUCUCUCACAUUUCAGGUGACAUCAAGAUGCCAAGCAGCUGUGCUUAGCGUUCUCCAGUGCCCAUUUUGGUGUCUGAAUUUGCACUUCAGCAAGUUUGUCUUCGGGUUGAAGUCACGAUGAUGCAAAUUGGUGGGUAAAAACAGACUUAACUGACUUAACCCUAAAACACAAAGCUCUAGUGUUUAACCUUCAUGAAACUAUUGUUAUAGGCUGUGUCUGUACUAUAGAGUAGAGCAUUCUUCUGUGCGCUGCUUGUCCGACUGGCCUUACAGGUAUGGUUACACACUGAAUGACAUGUUAUUGAUAAAAGUUGUAAAUAUGGGGGCAACAUGGGGUAAUAUUAUACAUAUGUGGCUGUCUCAUUGCUAUACAUUGGGUAUCUAAUGCUGUUCUCACGAAGUACAUAAAAUUAUGUACUAUACAUAGGGCCGUGUGCUUUCGUUUUUUUUUUUUUUUGUUCUUGAAAUUUGGGGGGGGGGGUAAAAAUUGGGUUUUAUUUCUUGAGCCAUAAAACAGAAACAGGCUAAAAUUGGGUGAUUUCGGGUGGAAAAGUAGAUUUUGGGGUGGGAAAUAAAAAAAAGGCUUCUCGCAUUUUAGAUUAACACGAGAUACGGAACAGCUGUACUGAGUGUCCAAUGCUUAGUAUUCCGCACUGCCCAUGUCUGUGGCUGAAAUGGUACUUUUCAGAGUUCAUUUUCGGGUUUUGCCCUAACCGAUGAUAAUUAGAGCUGUGCAAAUAUUCAAAAUUUCGAAUAUGAAACGAAUAUCUAAUGCUAUUCGAAUGCUAUUCGCAACCUAUUUUCAGUAUUUGAAAUUUUCGAAUAUUUUACUAUUAAUAGUUAAUAAUAAUAAUUACUAAAUUUUAAUUGUAUUGAAGCGGGUAUUGCUAGUGCCAUUCUGCAAGUUGGCUUCGCCUCAUUACACCCAAGAGUUAGGUGAAGCACGCUUUACAUUACCACCAUUGUCCUUUUGGUGUGCAGCUGCAUUCUGCAAGUCGGCUUGACCUUAUUACACUUGAGCGUUAAGUGAGCCCCGAUUUACACUGUUUACAAUUUUCUGUCACUAUAGUCUACAAAUACUAAGAGGUCCUGGUCAACACUGUACUCUGGACAUUGCAUGUUCCAGUAGAUGUACUCCCAACUUCCAGAGUUAUGUUCAGUAACAGAUGGAAAUAUGUGCAGUUUCUAAUAAAAGUACAGGGAAUUCACAAGCUAGACAUAGAAAUGAGGAGAUGCACACAAAGCAGGCUGCAUGGAAGAUGUUGAGUAACUCUCAGUGCAGUUGAUCCCACUAAUGCAGUCUGCCAUACAUAACACAGAGGGACCCUUCUCUCACGAUAUAUUAUGCUGGGUGAAAAGGCUCACAUGUUUGGAGCAGAACAUCACAAAAUAUUUCACCAUGAGCUAUUCGAAAUUAUUUGAAUUGGGACUUUUCUGAUUAUUUCAAUUCGAUGCACCAUCUUAAGAAAUUAUUCUGAUUGGAUUCGCAGUGUAAGCAAAAUAUUUGUAAACUAUUCGGAUUGGAAAUUUUGCUAUUUGCCCAGCUCUAAUCAUAAUGCAAAUCGGGGGGUAAAAACUGGUUUUACCAGGUUUUUACCGGGUUUUCCCCGAAAACACAGGGCCCUAUGUAUACACAGUGUCACAUACGUGAGGAGCCUAAAGCAGCAAAGCAUUAAUGGAAAAGAUUGAGAGGAAAAUGUGAAUGAAACAUUGUAGACACGAGCCUGACAAUGCCAUAGAUAUUGUUGCAUGUAUUAAUGUAUUUCAAAGUGGAGCAGUGUGUGUACUCUGCAUUUGCAUUGGGUAUUGUAAUAGAAUCCCGCAGACAUUUUGCUGCAAAAUGUGAACGUAGUUGGCUACUCAGAACCGGUUCAUUACAGUGAAAGCUCCAGUUCUGGGGCUGCUAUAAACUGGGAAUGAUGUUGUGGUGAUGCGUGGCUUGUGCACAUCGCUGUCUGUUGAUUGCUCAUAGUCAUAUGGAGUGAAUUGUGCAACAUAGUAUGGUGAUUGCACUGCGGGGGGCUUGCGCUGUUUUAUACGUGGCAUCUCACUAAAUCAACAACGAGAACUGGGAAGAUUGCCUGCUUGAGGAGGCUUGAUGAGGUGCAGAUGAUACUUUCUUUGGGUUCAAUCCAAAAUGCACUCUGUGAGGUUGCAGCCACCCUAUUGUCAUCUGAUCAUCCAAUAUUUGAUGUUUAUCCAUCUGAAAGGCUUACAUACAUUUGAGGGUAUUUACUAGUUAUGUCAUUGUAUGUCAACAUGUGCAAGCUCAACUUUCUGUACAUAUUGUAAAAAGCUAAAUUGUCCUUCAUUGUUAUACCAUAGUACUGUGCUUAAUCAUAUAUAAUGUACUUAAUAUUUGAAAGUUGGGUUCCUUCCAAUGAUUUCAUUUUAUAAGGACAAGUAAAAAUCACAUUGUAAAUACAUUAUGUGUGAUUUUUGCUUUGGCCUUUCCUUCGAAACAUAUUUAAUGACUCGCAUGCCGCGUCACUCAAUGUUUUGUGACACUACAUAAUCUGUAUGUCAAAUACUGUACAAUGAAAUGCUGAUCAUUUGAAACUGUGCUGUUUCAUUGAAAGGUAAAACUGUGAAAGGUAAAAAUAUGUAUACCAGAUACUGUAUAGUGAAACCUUGUUCAUUUGAGGCUGUGCUGAUGCAGUGAAAGGUAAAACUUCAUCAGUCUUAAAGAAUGUUAUUGGCACCUGCAGGGUGUUUAUGAAAGGGAACAUGAUGAUGUUGUGUACAGUGUCACUUCUGAAAGGUAAGCACCACUGCUUAUCUCACGUUUUCAGAGGCUUACCUUCCUAAUUAAUGCAUUUCCCUAUCCUGACAUGACAUUAUCAUAAUGAGGGUUGAGCAUAAGGGCAAUAAACACAUAGCUCCAUACCAGGUGCACAUCACGAAGCAUUACUUCCAUUUUUGUAUACAAUGAGGAACCUCUGUGCUGCUGCCUGCUAAAGCAAACUGAUAUCUGUUUGAGAAUUUGGUUCAGCAAGCAUAAACUGUUCAUAUAUUUUUUCAGUUGUCAUCAAACAUAUGCGUUACAAAAGAGUCCCCUAACAAUUCCUGUCUUGCUGGUGGUAUUGUAUCAUAAAAAUAUUUGUUACCUCAACUCCAGCUCAACUUUGAGCUCCACCAGGUGCAUGCAAAACAUGACAGACAACAACAGACAAACAAACAACGGUGAAAGAUGUCACAGUGUUGAAGAUGGUAUUCUUAAAGGAUUCACCAUGCAAUGAUUGCAAGAGAAAAGUAUACAGGAAUCGUUACACAGUCUGGUCAAAGCCACGUCUAGAUUUCAACAGGAUAAAAAAACACAGUAGUGGUAGCGGAGCUGUGUUGCACAUCACAUUGUGCUACACUGGGUGAAUGGUGUGAUAACCUGCUCAUAAGUGCUUGUGUACUGCAGCUGCAGUUCGUUUUUUUUUUUUUUUUUAAUAUCAUAAACAUAUCCCCCCCCCCCCCCCCCCCAAAUGAGGCAGGUGGGUAUUGAGAAUUAUUGCUGAUGAAGAAUGCAGAAGGCGUCUUAAGCACCGAGCAAGGUAGAAAAGAUGUAUUUAAAUUCUGGCAAUUUGGUGUUAAGCUGUCUUGAACUAUAAUUAUCAGAAGUUGCAGAGUAUAGUGAUCUGAAAACAGGACAUUAAAUUAAUUGUGUCAAUACAGGGCACUUCACCUAAUGUGUCACAAAAAUGUACUAUUUAAAAAUCUACUUGUCUGAAAAUUAUAGGGCCAAUAGUGUUUGUGUUCAAUGCAUUUUUAGUGUGACAUACAAGCACUUUGAUUAAUUUUCCAUCGGAGGAAAUUGAUUUUUCUGAAUUGAACUCUGAAAUUUGCCAACCCAAUGCAGAUGUCUCUUUUCUUGCCAUGAAUGAAAAGCACAUGUUGGUUUUGGUCCACUCCAUCACAAAAUGCAUUCCUUACUACAAUGGCAAUAUUUGGAAAAAUACUGUGACGCACACGCACAAACCCAGACGCACAAAUUGUAGACUAAAUUCAGUACAUCGUCAAAUUAAUGCAAGGAGUAGAAGAAAACGGUGACCCUCCACUUCAGUUUCCUUUUUCCUGCUUCUGCUGACAACAGCAGCAGGGUCCAAGUGCCACAGUCGUCUGAAACAACACUGAGGAGAAAACAGGAAUAGGUGGGAACCACCAUUUUUUUCUUUUUCUCGCUGGUUGUUGCAUUAACUUGGCGGAGAACUGAGCAUGGCCAACAAUUUGCACCUCUCGAAACAAAGCUUUUUACAACUUUUUCCCAGCUGUUACCAUUCUAGUUGAGAAUGUAUUCUGUGUCGGAAUGGAGUACGUCCGACAUACACUUUCAGCUUCUGGCAAAAACAUGAUAAUAGCUUGGCAAAUCUCCGAGUUCCAUUCAGAAAAUUCUAUUUCUUGUGACCGAAAAUUGAUCAAAGUGCUUGUAUGUCACGGCAAAAGUUUGAAGGUAAACAAAGUUGAUCCCAUAAUUCUCAGACAAGUAGAUUUUUUAAUACAGUUUUUGACACGUUAGGGGAAUAACCUUGCACAAGCACUUCAAACAGAUUUCUGCAGUCAAACUCAGAAUUACGUUGCAUAUGCAAUUAUCAGAAUCAUAUGCAAACAGAAUUGAUGCAGUUCAUGCGUUUCUUCUACUGCACUGACCUCUGUGGAGUGCUCAGUUGAUUAUGCCACACUGGAACCUGAAGGACAGUAAAAGGUUCAGCUAUGAAGUCCACUAUGUAACAGUAGUGCGCUCCCUUACUGCUUGCUGUAAUUUGAAACAUAAGCCUAGUUUUCAUUAGUUCACUUUUAUGGAGGCCUUUCUGUACAGUGUUGUAAACAUGCAUUUAUUUGGCUUUUCAUGUUCAUGUUCAUGGUGUUGGUGACUGUUGGACAACAGCAGGUUAAUAUAAUGUUAAUAUAAUGUAUGUAAUGCAUAUAAUGUACUGUAUCAUAUGCAAACAUCAUAGAGCACAAAGAAAAAAUGAUUGGAAUGAACUCAUUUUAAUUUGGCUUCUUUGUCAUUGUCAUAGUCACUGGCUAUAAUUGGAUACCACAAAAACAUAUUCGCAUGCCUUCAAAUGGUCGCCCCUCAGCAAGGGCAGUACCUGUUGUAGUGUUCAUAGUAAAAUGUACUGUAAGGUUGUGCUUAGCAUGCUCUAAAUUCCCCAAAUAAAAUAACUCAUAUCCAGGUUGUCUGGAGA